GAACUGAAAGGGAAAGGUGAAAGAACGCACAUAUAAAGGAGGGAGGACUGAGGAAAAACUUCAGACUCUUCACAGAGAAAAAAACUAAACAAUCAUUCAAGAUGAAGUUGUUGUUUUUACUUGUGCUACUGGGAACCGUAACUGCAAAGGUCCAAGAUCUUUCCGGAAAAAUGUUCACCUUCCCCCAGCAAACAAACUCAGCUCAUGUGAAGAUGAGUCUAGCAAAUCAGUGUUACCAAGCUGUAACUGUCUGUCACAGAUCUGUUACAGACCUUAAAAGAGACCACGCCCUCUUUUCUGUAUCCACACCCUCUCACGACAACAGCUUCCUGGUUUUCUGGAACAAUGGGGUCCAAGAGAUGCAGACCUAUGUCAAAACUGCAGUGGUUGGUUAUGGGGGAUGGGACUACAAGUCAAACAAGUGGCACUCCAUCUGCACCACAUGGGACUCUGUGACUGGACUCGGACAAAUGUGGUUUGAUGGGGUACCUUCAAUCAGAAAAUUUAUAAGGUCUGGAGAAUCCAUCACUGGGCAAGCUAUAGUUAUUUUAGGACAGGAACAAGACAAACAUGGUGGAGGGUUUGACAUUAACCAGAGCUUUGUCGGCAUGAUGUCAGAUGUCCACAUGUGGGACUACAUCCUAUCACCCUGUGAGAUCCAGAACUACAUGGAAAACCUGCACUUCACUCCAGGAAAUGUGCUGAACUGGAACGCACUGGACUUUGAUAUUUCUGGCCAUGUCCUGAUUGAAAAUAAAACUGUAGUUUGUCAACUUCAAAAUAUUCGAGUUGGUGCAUAGUCUUACACUUUUUUUCCUUUGGGUAGAUUAGAAGUUAAAGCAAGUGUUCCAAUUGUUGUUAAUUGACUUGAUUGUCUGAGUUUAUGAAAUAAUCACAUAUUACAAGUACAGUUCCCUCUCUUUUGUAUCACACAAAUACAUUUUCAAGUAAAACCUCUAUCUGCA